AUGGCCAUUUUGAGCCCAACGACAGUAUUUGUCGCCCUGGUCCUCGUCUACAUCUCCUCCUUCGUCCUCUUUGCUAUCAUCCGCAUCGCCACCGGGAUCUCCAUACAGCGGAUCGGCUAUUUUUCACUACGACAUAUCGCAUAUUCGCCGCGGGAGGGGGUUCACAUCAAGUUCGGAGGGAUUGGGAUUUCGAUACACAGGCCCUCGCUCGUUCAGCCUACACGGGCUACCGUCUCCCUUGACUUGAAGGUUCUUGCUAGCUCUCGUCGUCGAGCUGCUGCCGGGCAAACAACGGAGGACCUGAGCAAGGAUGGAGUUGCGCCGGAGAAUAAGUCUGUGGGAGACGGCGACGGCACAGCUAAGAAGGAAUCAGCGUCAUGGGAUAAGACGUGGAAGAUGCUGAAGGGAGUGAAGGAGAAGCUCAAGCAGUUGCUCAGACAGAUAAAAUGGCUGGCGCUGAUCGAUAUCUCCGCCACGGAAACUACUCUCCGCAUUAGAGAUGCUGGGGAACUUCAUGUCGGUGCCCUGACAAUGUCUCUAGAUGCGCGGCGCAAGGCUAUGCAGAGCGGGAAGCAGUUUCGACAGAAUGAGGACGCUUCAGGCGAAAGGCGGUCUCCAGAGUGGAUUUUCAAUGCGCGCAAUAUUCUACUGGCUUUGGAUGGCUGCGAACACAAGGAAAUAUUUGAUAAUAUUGGAAUAAACGUCCAUGGCCUUCUUCAAAAUGGCGUGGAAGGAUUACGGGAGGUCUCGAUCUCGGUCAAAGUCGGGAGGCUUCACAUUCCAUAUGACGAUGUUCGCUCGAUACUACUCCGGAUAAAGGGGCUCUCGUUACCGGAUAAUAUGGUCACAGAUGCAGCAACCUCUUGCGAAGACACUGAUGACGAAACGGCGCUGGGAAAUAUCAUGGAAGAAUCGGAUUCUGAAUUGCAGGAUACCCAUAACGAGGUGGUGGCCCAUCACCUUACCGAAUCCAAAGCUUUUGUUGCCUCCUUGCUUCGUGGAAUUCAGGACUUCCAGCUCGCCUUGAGCUUUUUCCGUAUUUCUAGCACCGUGAAGAAACCUGAGCCCAUGCAGAAGCCUUUAUAUUUAAAUUUUUAUACGCACGAAGUGGGUAUUGACUUCCACAGAAUGGACCCAGCCCAUCCAUCUCACAGGAUGUACUUUCAGCGUGACGAUGUUGCCCACCAAGCCUUAAUAGCUGCCAUAUCUUCGUCUAUUUCUCUAGGUGAGAAUAUAGACGAGCACGACAAGCUAAUAUACAUUCCAAUGGCCACGACAACUAUCAAAACGACACUUCCUUCUAAAACGAUGACAUUGGCAGGCGGCCAUCGGGAUGCCGCGGAGCGGAAUUCAAAUGUCAUUUUUGCAAAUUUCGUCAUUACAUCUCCCUCCAUGGAUUUGGAGCCUAGACAUCUAUCAAAUGUCCUGGCCCUAUUGCAAGCAAGAGGGUCUUCCUCCAGCGCCAGCUCUCAAAACAAACACUUUCUUAUGUCUCGUCUUUUACCAAAAGCAGUAAUUAAACUCUCUGUUCACGAACCUGUCCUUAGAUUUGCACUCCCGACUUCAGACCCACCAGGCUUACCAGACUAUAACCUGCUUGUUUCUUCUAUAUCCUCUAUUUCCCUGGAUAUCGAGUCAUCCCAUUCCGUUGGAGAGGGUGCCCAAUACUCGUUGGUUGCCACGUACCGCAUUUCUUCUCAUUUGAUAUACUACCAAACUGCCUCAGGGGUUAGGCAUCGUCUCCUGGCGACGGACACUAUGGACCUCAAGUGCUAUAUAAACGCAACAACAGAGAUAGCUGUUGCUAUUUCGGGCUCCAUGAACUCGUUUUCCAUCCAUAUUCUUAGCGGGGAGGUUACUCGGGGGCUUCAUGAAGCUGUUAAGCAGCUGAAGAGACUUAUGCCUUCAAAGCAAAAUUCUUCUCGCGAUACACCGUCACCUAGCCUGUUAAGGCACCUACCGCCUUGGUUAAUCCGCUUCCAGUUCGAAUCUUCCGCUUUUAGCAUUGAAAUUGCCGGCUCGGAUCCCACUGUUGGCCCUGCUACUAGAGGAAUCGUCCUUCACCUGGGCGGAUGGUCGGUAGAAUAUCAGCUACAGAAACCAAAGCCGAACCCACGAUCUAUGCGGCGCAGAACUCCUAGCCACUCGGCUAUUUCGGACGACCCAUUCAGGUUCACUCCCACGUCACCCUCUGGGAAGUCGUAUGCUCGUCCCUCGGAUGGUAGAAGGCUAGCAUUUCACGUCCGGCAACUGGAGAGUUUUAUUAUGGAGUCUGUAGACUAUAUGGAACCAGACGCAUUUCUCUCCGUGCCUCAGUUUGAAGUCGCCCUUACUACUUCGAGUGAUCUUCAAGGACCAAUUUUCCACAUCAACUCCACCGUUAACGAGAUCAUUGUAAAACACUCACUUUAUCGAUGCUAUGCCAUUGGGAUAGCGGCUACCGCCAUCAAUGAUGCGUUUUUCAAAUCUACCACUGAAAUGUACACUCAUGGCCCUAAACGCAGAUCCUCUUCGCUGAGAGCUCCCGGAAAAGCUUCCUCCAAGGUCGAACUCACCACUUUUGAUAUCAAAGUUCCUUCAAUACAAGUUCAAGGUGUAAUGCCGUCAGAUCCAAGGAUGCUACUGCAAGUAUAUGGAUUGGUUGCAGGUCGACAUCGCUGGUCGCCACCUUUUAUUCGAUCGCAUCUGAUUCGACUUCAUGUGGAACCUCCUAAAGUAAAGGGUACUUGGACAAGAAUUAUUAGUGUUGGAGGCGUCCGUGUUGGGCUUCGAGAGAGCAGGACCAAGCAAGCAGAGACCCUGGGCACAACGAAAUCAUACGAUAUCUCCUCAGAUUUCAUUCGUGUGGCCGUUCCUCCACAUAUGAUCAUGUACCGUGUAUUUGAUAACUUUGUCAAUACAGUCAAAGCGUUGGAGCUACUCAGUCAUCGUAUGCAGACGAAAUCUAGCUCCCACAGCACGGAGAAGCCACCGAGUGGACCAAAACGUGUACCGAAAAUAUCCUUACGAAGCAAAUCAAUGGUAUUUGAGAUAGAGGAUGACCCAUUUGAGUGGAAACUAGGAUGUAUUUACCGUCUGGGGCUUCAGGAGCAGAAACAACGUCUUGCCCGCGAGGAAGCGUAUCAUAUGAAGCUAAAGAAAGUGAGAGAAAGCCAUGAUGAUCGCUAUACUACAAUCCGCCUCAGGAGCCUAAAUGCUCGAUCCCUAACAGAUAGACCUUAUACGAGCUCUCGCAGAAGUGGUGAAUAUCAAAGAAGUACCAGUGCAGAUAGCCGACCUAGGAAACGGUCCAGGUCUAGAGGAAGGAGUGCCUACUCAAAAGGUCGAUACGAUACGGGACAGGUGCCAAAUUUCUCUGAUUGUAGCAUCCUAUCGGCUGAUGAGGCAUGGAAUCAACUUCAGGCUCACAAUGCGCGCUCUUGGAAGAAAAAGAUUGACCAUUCAAUCAGAUUUCAGAAUGCGGCUGUCAGGGAGCUCCGGGCUCUUUUUGUUGGGGCCGACAAGACCCCCGAUGGUAUCCAGGAGCUUCCUGGGGUGGCUCCGAUUCCAAGUCGACCAGGUCUACUUGCUAUUAGGAUAUCUGAUUUUGCCUUCUCUCUAGAUGCGCCGUCGUUCCCCCUUCAUGAAUACCCUCAGUAUCUCCAUAGGAUUGGGAAAGGGAUGCCUUUGGAUAUGAAAUAUGCGUUAUUGAUUCCAAUGAGCAUCCGACUGGAUAUGGGAGAAGCCAGGUUCAAUUUAAGAGAUUAUCCGCUCGAUUUAAUCCAUAUUCCUCCGCUAGGCCCAGGGCAAUCUGCCCGUGUCCCAGCUUGGUCUCUCAAGACGGAUUUUGUUAUAGCUGAAGAAUUCCGCGGACCUGAGUCUUCUCGUCAGGUCAUAGUCAAUAUUGUUCCUCCCUCGCUUGCUUCUGAUGGCACGAUGCAGGAUGGCUUUUCACUCGAUGUUCGCCGAACGGUUGCUCCCGUGAAGACCUAUUCCAACCCAACCAUUGAGAUCAACACUAACCAACCCACCACGAUCUCUUGGGGAAUGUCAUACCAACCAGCCAUCCAAGAUGUGAUGAAGAUUAUUGAGAAUUUUACCAAGCCUGAAAUAGAUCCCUCCGAGCGUGUCGGAUUCUGGGACAAGAUUAGACUUAGCUUCCAUUCAAGGCUGCUCUGGGUUUGGAAAGGGGAUGGUGAUGUCCAUUUCCGAUUAAAAGGCUCUCGUGAUCCCUACAUCGUUACUGGCUUUGGCGCGGGUUUCGUUAUGUGUUGGCGUAAGGAUGUUCAAUGGGGAAUACAUACAAAUGACGACCCACAGGAAUUUUUCGCAGUUACCAGUGGUGAAUAUGUUCUUGCCAUUCCUGACUAUAAUCGUCAAGCGCGAUAUUCAUACGAAUGCCCGUCGUUCAGCAGUGGCUCCUCUAGGGUAUUCGCAAAGAAUGAUGCAUUAUUCAAGAAGGUGAUAAUGAAGCUAUCAGGAAAUGUCCGUUGGCUUGCAGGCUUGGUUUUUGAACGGAACACGAAUGGUGCGGACCGAUGCUUCGACUUUAAACCUCAUUAUGAGGUUGUACUACGCAAUCCCACAUAUCUAAAUCCAGAAACAUUAAAGGACUAUGAUGCGUUUCGUGGAUUCCGAAGCAACCACAUCCAUCUUUCUUUGGCCGUUGUUGCACCCGUUUCCCGAGUAUGGACCUUAACCAACCGCGAGCCAUCAGCUUCCUACAAUACAGUUCAUCUUACUCCCAAAUUCUUUACUCACUUUUUUAGUUGGUGGUCUCUAUUUUCCGGGGUCAUGUCACUUCCAGUUCGCCAAGGCCCUCUUUUCCCUGGACUGACAAAGACGAGCAAGAAGUUUAGUCGUCAUCUCGGUACCAUAAAGUACAAACUCUUUCUUUCCCCAUUGUUUGUCUCCCAUAUUUACAAGCAUAAGGACCCGGAAGACUAUAAGGAGGAUGUUGUGUUUGCAACUGGGUUGAAAGUCCGGUUGGAUAGCUUCAUGCUUGAUCUUCAUCAACGACGAGAGUAUACAACCGUUGUCAAGGGACGGCUUGAACCAACGAAGGCAAGUUCUAUGAAGAUCAAUAGGGCGCAAUUGGACUUUAUAUCCGCUGAUUGUCGUGCCGUAUCGUCAAUUGGUAGCUCCCUCCAGGGUGGUGGAAACGAGAAAGAUGGUAUCAGUCCGACGUACCCAGAUAUGUCUCAGCCUGCCGAGGUGUCUAAUUUUACCAUUCCCGAUGAUGAUCUCAACUGGAUUGACAUGGAUGACUUUGUUGAACUGGACUGGGUCCUACCCUCGGAAUUGAACCCCAAGACGCAAAUUCUUCCCUUGGCAUAUUCUCCUCGAUUUUCAUUUUUCCGUCAAACGGAUCAUAUAAAAGUUGGGCCAGAUGAACCAGGCUAUAGCCCUUUUGGAGACGAGCCCACCCAUGUCUGUGUCAUGUCACAGGAUCACGAUCCCCGACGGGUACAAAUUGAGUUACUUAAAGAGCGCCUUAGUGUCCUAGAAGCUCAAUCUUCCUCUCAUCAGCGAGUUGUUGGUGAAUUCGAAUUACGUUCUAUACGCGAUGGCAUCACAGAUGAAGAAACGCGAAGACAAUACGAGACGCUUGUUAGGCAUGGCAUCUCUCUUGCACAACGACAAAGGUUCCUUCAAGAUGAGCUUCAAAGGCUUGAAAAACAUCUUAUUCAAAACAACUACACCAAUGGAGCUGCUAUCCCCGGUAGUAGUGAGGAUGGGGACCUUUUAUUAUCUUCCGCUGAGGAUGAGUUUGGCAGUGAUUUUGACAAUCGUUUCGUCAUUCAUAACAUCCAACUGAAAUGGAACAAUUCCCUACGAAACAUAAUUUUGCGAUAUAUACACCAAGUCAACCAGAGGCGUGGGUUUGUGUACUACAUGUCACGGCGUGCAGUGAAGUUCAUUUUGGAUAUCGUUGACGAGCAAGCCAAGACAAAACGCCGACAUAUGGGCAAAAAGCAACAAACAUCGUGGACUGCUGAACCCCGGUCUCCUAUUGAUAUUGAAAGAGGAAACGAUAUGACCACCGAAGAGCGUAUUGAGCAACUCCUAAAUGACGCAAGCCGGUUUGUGAAUGCAGAACCGCCAACGCCCGGAGAGAGCAAACACCCUCUGCUACCCUCAAACUCGAGUGGCGAUAUAGCCUCCGAAUUCACACCGCAGAACAGCUAUCAUCUGAGACUCAUUGCCCCUCAAAUUCAGUUGCAGAGUGAGAAGAACAAGAAAUCUGUGGCCGUUGUCACUGCUAAAGGGAUGCAAUUGAAGGUUGUAUCCAUUAUGGACAAGCACCGAGUAUCCGAUGACAUUAGUGGGCUGGUACAACGCCAGUUUACGCUUAGCAUGGACAGCGCCCAGUUCUUCGUUGCGGACCAAAAAAGUUUUACUAGUCAUAUACAUAUUUACUGUGGGAAUGGAUACGGCAAUGCUCCUGGCACUUCCUGGCCGCCUUGGGUUUCGGUGGAAGCCAUGUUCGAUUUUGAUAUCGAUCUUUCUGGAUUCUCAAGAAUCAUACAAAAAACUUCUGCAAGUUUACGGUAUGAUAAGUUUAACACUUUGCGGCUGAAAUUUAACGAAAGGGUCGCUGGGGAGAUGGAAGAAGAUGAUAGGCAUGACAACGAUACCACUGAGCAUAGAAUGGAUCAGAUAACUGUUGACUUCCCCCAAGUGCGGGCGAUCUGCGAUUCAUCUCAGUACUACUCCCUAUACAUCAUCGCCCUUGACCUCCUCAUGUAUAGCGAGCCUCGAGAACAAGUCAGGGCCGAGAAAUUGGAAAAGAUCAUGCUAGCAUCAGAUUUUAGUGAUCUUCGAGGCGCACCAGAGAUUGUCAAUCGUCUUCAGCAGCGAAUUCGCUAUCUUGAAGAAAUUAAAAGCCUUUUCCAAAUUCGGGCUAAAUAUCUUGACAAACAGGGACUAGCGGACCGAAGCACACUUGAGAAAGACCUGAUAACAUGUGAGGAUGAGUUAUUCUUUAUGAUGAAAGCUAUUACAACAUCUCAAAGGAAGGGCGAUGACCGCGCGAAGUCCUCCUCUAGUGGGCUUCUACAUUGGACGCUGGCAGCGUCUGAAAUUGUAUGGCAUCUCAUGACUGACAACAAAGAGCCAAUUGCCGAGUUCCAACUGAGAGAUGCAGCAUAUGGCAGAACCGAUAACAUUGAUGGUUCAAAUCACAAUACAAUAGAAGUUGGGAAUAUAUAUGGGCUCAACUUGCUACCAGAUGCACUUUACCCUCAAGUUAUACUUCCAUAUAAAGAUGACCAUCGAGGCACUCAUCCGAAAGACAAUGGUAAAAUGCUUCAAGUCAAGUGGUACAUGCUAGAGGCUAUUGCAGGAAUCCCAGUUCUUAAUGACUUUGAGGUGACGCUAUUCCCUCUCAAAAUACAAUUGGAGAGAGAACUAGGCCAGAAACUCUUUGAAUAUGCCUUUCCGGCUGCUGCGCCGAAUGCCUUUGAGAACGGAGGCUUUUCACCAUUCAUGAUAAAGCAAAUAGAUCCACCUGACGAUGAGUCAGAUAUUGACGGAACCAGCGGCGUUAAUACACCAGCAUUGAGUACCACCAGCACAUCAACCGACGAACGGCCAACUUCUCGUCUUGGCACGGUUGAGCAACGGUUGACGCCUACCCUGGCUUUGCCCGAUAAACGCCGCUCGUACUCUCCAGGAAGAAUUAAGAAAUCAAUGUUAAUGACACCAAUAAUCAAAGAUCCAGCCUCCCAGAAGCAUGAUGCUGAAGAUUGCAGGAGUGGUUCGGCGUCCCAGGUACCUACACGGCGUACCUUGGCGAAGAAAGCUUCUGCGGAUAGUCUUACCCUACUUAAACGACAAGCUUCGGAUUGGUCUCUAGCAAGUCAGGCUGGGAAUAAAACUGAAGAGAAGCUAAAGAGACCCACCCUUAAACGACAACCAACGAAAGUGCAUCUAGAAAAGACUAAUGGGUCGGACGACCUUUCUCGAAUGAUAUCCCGCGCAUCCAAUUUCAUGAUUCUUACUCAUGUGAAAAUAAACGAUGUUGUGCUUUGCUUAAGUUAUAAGGGAAAAGGGGAGCGGAAUAUUGAAGACAUACAUGACUUCGUUUUCAGGUUGCCCGUUCUUGAGUAUCGCAAUAAGUCAUGGUCGAAUUUAGACCUUGCUCUGAGACUGAAGAAAGAUGCGAUCAAGGCCUUGAUUUCUCAUGCGCCUGCAAUACUGGGCAACAAGUUCUCCCAUCAUCGACCGACAAAGCAGCAACAGAAACGCCUCCGGGAAUUAGCUAGCUCUUCUCAGUUAUUAGAUGGCCAGUCCAUCCUCAGCACACCUCACUCUGAUGGCUCAAACAGCAUCGUCAGUCGCACUUCUACUGAACGUUCUGUGUCUCCUGCUCUCUCUUUAAAUUCACGCGCUUUUCAGGCGAGUGGUGCGUCGUCCACCGACUCCAUGGGCAUUCCCGCGAGAACCAAAACAGCCCAUUCUGAUCUUGGGCCUAUGGGUUCCGCUUCAAUGGAAGAACAAGAAGAAGUUAGCUGGCCUUACCGGGAAAUUCUAUCACCCUAUAUAGUACUGACUAGCUAG